AUGGCACGUAAACAAGAUCUGUCCCAGCUGGGCCUGCUACUUAUUUGCGUUAUAAUCGGCCUGCUUGGCUACCACAAGGUCCGUGCACAGAAUAAUGUGCUGCUGGAAACCAUCAACUUUUUGCAACGAGGUCAGUCUGACGUGGAGCUGGAGAACUUUGAUAAUAACAUUGUAUUGGAGAGCGAGUACGACUUUAUAGUGGUGGGUGCGGGCACAGCUGGUUGCGCGCUGGCCGCCCGCCUCUCGGAGAAUCCCAAGUGGAAGGUGCUGUUACUCGAGGCUGGUGGACCGGAGCGCCUGAUUAUGGAUGUGCCGAUAGUAGCGCACUUUUUGCAGCUGGGCGAAAUGAACUGGAAGUACCGGACGCAGCCAUCGGAUCAUGCCUGUCUAGCCAUGAAUAACAACCGCUGCAACUGGCCCCGCGGCAAAGUAAUGGGUGGCAGUUCCGUUUUGAAUUACAUGAUGUACACUCGCGCCAACCGUCGCGACUAUGACAACUGGGCGGCUCUUGGCAAUCCGGGCUGGUCCUACAAGGAGGUGCUCCCAUAUUUCAAGAAAUACGAGGGCUCAAGCGUGCCCGAUGCCGAUGAGGAUUAUGUCGGUCGCAAUGGCCCAGUAAAGGUCAGUUAUGUCAACUGGCGCUCCGACAUCGCCAAGGCAUUUGUAAAGGCAGCUCAGCAAGACGGCCUCAAGUAUCGUGACUACAAUGGACGCAUUCAGAAUGGUGUGGCUUUUCUGCACACGACAACGCGCAAUUCUACGCGCUGGAGCUCGAACCGUGCAUACCUCUAUCCAAUCAAGGGUAAACGCCCCAAUCUGCACAUCAAGAAGAACGCUCUGGUGACGCGUGUGCUCAUCGAUCCCCAGACAAAGACGGCAUAUGGAGUUAUGGUGCAAGCGGAUGGCUCGAUGCGCAAGAUCUUGGCGCGUCGUGAAGUAGUUGUAUCGGCAGGUGCCAUCAACACACCCCAAUUGUUAAUGCUUUCGGGUGUGGGACCGGCUAAGCACUUGCGUGAAAUUGGUAUUAAGCCCAUUGCUGAUCUGGCUGUUGGCUACAAUCUGCAGGAUCAUACCGCACCGGCCGUUACCUUCACUACGAAUGCAACAUCGCUUAAGUUCGAAGAUUUUGCUGAUCCCAAUCUCGUUACUCGCUUCAACCGGCAGGAGGGACCCUAUGGCUCACCCGGCGGCUGUGAAGCCAUAGCUUUCUGGGACUUGGAUCAUCAGGACCAAGAAGAUGGAUGGCCAGAUAUUGAAUUGUUCCUUGUCGGUGGCUCUAUGUCCUCCAAUCCAGCUAUCUCACGUGCCUUCGGCCUGAAGAAAUCCAUCUACAAUGCGCUGUUUGCCGAGAUCGAGGACAAGUCGCUGAACGCGUUCAUGAUCUUCCCCAUGAUUUUGCGCCCCAAGAGCCGCGGGCGCAUCAUGCUCAAGAGCAGCGAUCCCUUCAAAUACCCAUUGAUUUAUUCCAACUAUUUCGCCCAUCCGUACGAUGUGGACAUCUCUGUUCGUGGCCUGCUCAAGGCCAUCAGUCUGACGGAGCAGCGCGGCUUCAAGGGAAUCAACGCAAAGCUGUGGGAGCGCCGCAUCCCCACAUGCAAGCAACACCCCUACAAGUCAUGGGCUUACUGGGCCUGCUACGUACGCCACUUCACUUUCACGAUCUACCACUACUCAGGCACUGCCAAGAUGGGACCAGCCAGCGAUCGCAGUGCCGUGGUGGAUGCGCGUCUGCGAGUGCACGGCAUCCGCAACCUGCGCGUCGCUGAUGCCAGCAUAAUGCCAGAGAUUAUAGCCGGUCAUCCAAAUGGUCCGGUCUUUAUGAUCGCCGAGAAGGCGGCAGAUAUGAUCAAGCAGGAUCAUGGCUUCAUUCAGUGA